AUGGUUCAGAACAAGGGCCUCAUCUUCAAGCAGGUUCCUGAGGGCUGGCCGAAGCCUGGCCAGGACCUCGCGGUUGAGAAUCGUGACUUCGACCUCGAGCAGCAGAUCCCCGAGGGCGGUCUCAUCGUCAAGAACUUCUACGCCUCAUUCGACCCAUACCAGCGCGGCCGCAUGCGAGCGCCCGAGAAGAAAUCGUACUUCCCUCCCUUCGAGCUCAACAAGCCCAUCACAAACCGCUCUAUCUUCAAGGUCGUUAAGUCGAACAACAAGGACUUCAAGGAAGGCGAGGUCCUGAUCACCCGGGGCAUCACUCCUAUUGAGGAGUACUCGCUCCUUGACGCCCAGACCGUCAAGACCGUCCGCAAGCUCGAGAAUCCUUACAACCUCGACCCCAAAUACUUCCUCGGCCCCCUGGGCAUGCCCGGCCUGACAGCCUGGUCAUCCUUCUACGAGAUCGGUCAGCCCAAGAAGGGCGAGACAAUCUUCAUCUCCGCCGCUUCCGGCGCCGUCGGUCAGCUUGUUGGCCAGCUGGCCAAGCACGAAGGUCUCAAGGUCAUUGGAUCUGUUGGCGACGACAAGAAGCUCGCUUUCAUCAAGGACGAGCUCAACUUCGACGAUGGAUUCAACUACAAGACCGAGAAGCCUGCAGAUGCACUUGCCCGCCUCGCACCCAACGGUAUCGAUAUCUACUACGAGAACGUCGGCGGCGAGCAGCUCGAGGCCGCUAUCGACGCCAUGAACGAUUUCGGUCGCAUCAUUGCGUGUGGUAUGGUCUCACAAUACAACGUGAAGCCCGAGGACGGCUACCCCAUCAAGAACCUGAUGCAGGUUGUUGGUAAAAGGCUCACCAUCCGCGGUUUCAUCGUAUCAGACGAGAACAUGGGUCCUAGGCACGCGGAGGAGCACCAGGAGAAGCUGCAAAAGUGGCUGAGCGAGGGCACUUUCAAGGCUAAGAUCAGCGUCACCGAGGGUAUUGACAAUGCGGUUGACGGCUUCCUGGGUAUGUUGAAGGGACACAACUUUGGCAAGGCGGUGCUACAGAUUGCGGAUUUGGAGAAGGAACAGUAA